GAGUGGGAACAAGCAUUGAAAACAGCUGACUUCAUUCGUCUGUUGUUUUGCCUUGUGCUUUCGGGUUAUUUUUGUGUACAUGUAUCGACCAGUCAGUUGAAAUACAGCUGUUGAAGAGAAUAGAAUCGUAGAAUGUGAAUAUAUACAAAAAGUUGUAAAUGUAACCAAUUUGAAAACAAUAAGAGAGCUAAAGUGUUGUGUACUGUAUUUAUUGUGUAUUUUUAUAUUCCGAAAAAUAAAAGUUUUAUACCGAAAUUCACAAAAUUUUCGUCGCAAAUUUAAUGGAACACUCGUAAUUCGUGCCAAUAUCUACGUCCCAAUACAUUUUGGCCCUUUGAAAUUUUAGUAUUGAUUAAAAUAACGACGUGAUUUUCUGUUGCAAGUGAUGGAUUCAAUCAAUUCAAUCUCCACUAUAUACAUUGGACCUUCAAACGAUCUUUAAAUAUAUCAUUGUAAAUUACAGAAAUUGAAAACGUUUGCGAAAAAUGUUUCAUAGCAAACAAAAAUCAUAUGUCUCUUGUAUCACUAGCUAGAAAUAAACAAAACGAAACACAAACAAAAACAAAAACGAAACCAAAAUCACAUAGUAAAUAUAGAAAGCUGUUUGGUGUGCACAUGUUUCAAAGUCAAUUCAUACGCAAACAAUAUUUAAAAAGAUUGUUAGUAAUUGACGCUUACUAUCCAUACACAGCGCUUUUCUAAAUUACAAUAUUUGCUGUGUUCUUAAAAUUGGACGCGACAUUAAGUGUUAUCUCUUUGGGUUCUUAAUUGUAUUUCAGCACAAACUAUUAGUGCUAAGAUAAUGAUUUUCAAAUUGUAGAAUUGUUUUGAUAUUUUCCAAGAAUACUUCUAUUGCAAAUGUAUAUCGCUGUACUUUUUUAAAGGAAUUCUUCAGAAUGAUUUAGGCGCAUCUCAUAUAAUUACAUGGCAGCCCUUAUAUGAUCUAAGAGCAAUGCCAUUUUAAUAAGACAAUUGCAACAUCCUAUUUAGUUAUGAAUCUGAACGCCCAUUUGCAAUGUAUGUAGCCAAUUUCCCAUUUCAGAACAGAACCGAAUAUUGUUAUUGAACUUUGAAUCGAAAUUUAAACCAAAAAAGAGUAAAAAGUCUCGCAAUCACCUUUACAGAAUUUAUAUGAUUUUCGACAUUUUACGGAUUCUGUAGAACCAAUACAGCGUCUGAUCUGUGUAAAUUAUCUAUCAAUCAUAUGACAGAUCUUAUACAAUCGACCUGUAUUAGUUGUACAGAAUCCGUAAAAUUUCAUAAAGUUCUAAGUUCAGUUUAAGUCAAACAAAUCUUUAUAACAUUCCUGGAAUUAUGUUCUCCAAGAACAAAUUGUGAUGUAUUUUUUUAAAAUAAAAUAUCAGUUUAAAAAUAACAGAAAGCAUAUGCCAAAACGGCAUUAAUUCUUAGUGUGCGUGAAUUGUCCAAAGUCGUAACGUAACCACACUUAGCGUAAACGCAGUACGCAGCUGUAUUACCAGCGAGUAACAUUGGGCAAUACCGCUCAAAAGUCACGCACACAUGGAAGACAGUUUCUCGUUCGCACGAUUCGUAUACAAGUGCUUGUCUUCAUACAAGUCAGUUUUUAGUCAUAUGAAAUUUAAAGCAGUUAUUUUUUUAUUUUGAAUUCCAGACAAGAUAUCUCUUAAACACCAUGAUCGAUUUCAUCCAUAUUUUGGGUGUAGGUUUUUUAGUACAUCUGUGCAUAGGGUAUUCUUGAUCGAAAAAAUUGUAAAAGAUCCCAGACAAAUCCAUAGUCGCCAAUAAUAUAUAUAAGCGUAUAGUCGCGAUCGUGAAUGUGUAAAAAAGAAAGUAUCCUAUUUUUAUAAAGGGAAGCAAUUCUAUAUUACAACGAAAAAGAGAACAACGACAAAAAGUAACAAUUCCAAAAUCAUGUCCCAUAUCGGGAAUAAUGUUAAAAUUUAAUACAAUUAUAUAAAUUCGUACUGCACCAUACGACUGCAUCAUUAACACAAAUUGGAUUACACUCAGUUUAAGAACAACAUCGAAUUUUUACACUCCAAGUAAAACUGAAUCACGUUCUUCAAGUUUGGGAGACCAACAAUCUAUACAAAUAUGGUCCCUCAACAAUCUCAAGACGGAAACGGAGGUACGACAAUAUCACAAACAGAAACUGAUCCCAAGGAGAGUGAAUCGAUGUCGGUUGACGAUUAUGAAGGAAAAUUGACAGUCUUCGGGUCGCAACAAGUGAAAGAAACGUCAAAUACGCCAUACACAGAUGCAACUCAGACGAAGAAACACAGCCCAGGCCAUGUGAAACGUCCGAUGAAUCCAUUCAUGGUUUGGAGUCAAAUUGAGCGUCGAAAAAUUUGUCAAAAAACACCGGAUAUGCACAAUGCUGUCAUUUCUAAAUAUUUGGGGUCAAAAUGGAAAUCAUUGUCAGCUAAUGAAAAGCAGCCUUUCAUAGAAGAAGCCGAACGAUUGCGCCAAUUCCAUUCAAAAGAAUAUCCAGACUAUAAAUACCGUCCAAAAAAGAAGCAACAGAAGGGCUCAAAGGCAACUGGAUCACAAGCAACGACUGCCUUGGCAUCGAGUUUCAAGAAAAAUUCGACGUCAUCUUUGACUUUUUCAAGCUCAUCAUCUUCAAAUACCAGCAUAGAGAGUAAUAUUAUUGGUCGUAAACCGCUUCACAAGUUUAAUGGAACUGGUAACCGUGUAUCCAGGAAGAAAAAUAUCACUACGUCAACUGCCACCACAGAAUCAAACAAAAUAACUCAGUUGCAACCCGUUUCUCUAAGUAAUGAUUCAAUCAAUUUUGGCAAUAGCAAAAUGCAUUGCAUGCUUGGUUAUGAUUUAAUCCCAAACUCACCCGAAAGCGCCACAUUGUACGACGAGAAUUCAUUGAUUUCAACCAGGCCAGAUUCGUUGGAAAAUAUUCUUUUUGAACCUAAUAAAAAAAUCGGAAUCAUAGACGAAACAUACUGUGUAAUGAAUGAGCUAGACUGUUUUGGGAAUGAAGAAAAUCGUAAUCUUCAAAUCGGUAUUGAUGACAUGUAUCCACAAAUUACCGAUAUUGAUGAAAGUAAAAUCAUUAAAACUACGUUUAUCGAUGAUUCUAAAUUAUCAGAUGCGUACGACAUGGAAAAUAUACAUGAAAUUCUGAGUGUUGAUGCCAAUUUAAAUUCCGCCAGUCGUUCAUAUUUGAAAAGCAAUACGAGUAUGAAUAUGACAGCAGGCAGCAAUUAUUACAACAUUUGUGGUAAUACCAGCCAACUAGCUACAAAUGCCAAGACAACAAACAACAUAAGCAACAAGCCAUUUACCACAAUCGAUCCAAAUCAGAUUUUUGUAAAAAUGCCAAUGCCUAACGCAGUGAAUGAAAAUAUAUAUAACAGUCGCCGAUGCAGUACCAUGAGCGCUCCCAUUGGUAUUAACUUCUUGCAAGAUGAGUAUGCUACUGUCAUUACCAAUGACUUUGAUAUGGGCUUUGACUUGAACAGCUACGAUAUUGAUGAAACUAACAAUGAGUCAUCCAAUUCAGGUAGUCACCUUGCAUUCUCUUGCACUGAUCCGAAUAUUUUGUCUGAUAUUCCUAGUCGUUAUUUGACUGCACUAAACAACAUCCAAAAUGAGACUAUUUAAAUUAUGACAAAGUAGAAAUUAUCCAUCUCAAUCGACAAAUAUCAAAAUUGUGGAUAACAUGUCACGGCGGAAAAUAUAUGUCAAAUUCAUUUCAUUUUAUUCUACUGAAUUUGUUAUCCAUGAAUAGUACGGGAAAAUACGCAGAAUGAAUAUAAACAAUGGAAGAUACAUGCAUUGGCGCAAGUGGAAGUUUUUUUAAAUUACACUACUCUACAAAUUUCGGGAAAAAAAUGUCCCCCAAGACGAGGAGAAUUUUUGAGAUGAAUCCGAAUCUGCCGUUAGUUUUGGUCUAGCAGCUCUAGUUUUCGAGAUAUGGCACAAAAACCAUGAGAAUUAGUCUCCUCAUCGUGGGGGACAUUUUUUUCGAAAUUUGUAACGUAGUGUUAUAAAGUAUAAGUAUUUUUUUCAUAUUACAAAAAAAAUAACAGAAAAAGAUGAAAAGUAUGUGAUAAAACUGUUAAACGAUAACUGAUGAUAACGCAUGUUUUGUAAUACCUUUUUAAUUGAACGAACCGGGAUAAAAGAGUAAAUGGGAUGAAAAUAAUAAAUAUGGAUUCGUGAAUUUUUUUCUAACUCCGUUCUUCUGUAAUGAUUUAUAAUAAUUGUAAGUCCUUUUAUGAGGUGCUUUUUUAUUCUGAGCAAAAUGCGGAAAUAUAAACAAAUCUUGUUUUUCCACUUCCGAUAAUAAUCUCAAAUCAAAGAGAAAAUUUAGAAAUCGUGUAUUUUAAUCAAUUUUUUACUGUUUAAUGUGAAGAAAUUUUUCAUUAGAUUUAAACUUUUUUUUCAAAUAGAUAUCAUAUAUAUAUAUAAAUAAUUGUAAUUUUUACACUAUAGAAAAGUCGAAUUUGUCGUCAAAUGCUGCCACAUCGUUAAUAUAUUGUUUGUGUGAUAAAAGCUGGCUUCAGUUGCAACCACAUUUGUUUCAUCCAUUUACACAAGUAAAACAAAAGUAAUAAAAAUGGCUGAGAAUGCAGUUUCCUAUUAAUUAUAAACAUAAAACAAAA